UGGAGGGGGACGGGGAGGGAGAGGGCAGUGAGCAUCACGCGACCGACCGCGCCCUCCGCCCGCUCACGGGGCUCCACCUGCGCACGCGGCUCCAUUCAAUACCACCCGACCGGCUCAUCGCCUGCCGCGUUCCAUGGGCUCUAUUGGCUUCGGCAGUGGCGAUGUUGGGGAGCCGAGGAUGGUGGCGCGCGUGUUCCGGGCGCACGGCGAGCUGUGCGCGUCGCACCCGUGGGAGGUGAUCGUGGCGACGCUGACGCUGACGGCGUGCAUGCUCACCGUGGACCAGCAGAGCCAGCAGCAGGCGGAGCGCGGCGCGCCCGCCCCGCACGCCCAGCACGCGCCGGCGCAGCGCCGCUGCGGCCUCUCGCCCGCCGCCUGCUUCCCCAUCGAGGCGCAUUGCCAUCUCACCUCGGCGGCUAACCUCAGGGCUGUGAAGAGUAUCAGUGAGAGGGCUGUGUUGGACUUCGUGGGGCGGGGAGGGGGCGGCGGCAUCGGCGCUACCUUCACCUUGGCGCGCGAGAGAGAGUGUAUAGCUGGCCUUUUUACAGUGUUCUCCAGUUUUGUGUUCAGUUCAAGUGUCAUCAAUUUCACUAGAAGUGAUGUCUCUGACUUGAAGGAUGCCUUAUUCUUUUUUCUGCUUCUCAUUGACUUGAGCAAAGCAUCUUUACUUGCUCAGUUUGCACUAAGUUCUAGAAGCCAACAAGAAGUUAGACAAAAUAUUGCCAGAGGCAUGGCAGCACUUGGUCCCACAAUAACCUUGGAUACUGUGGUGGAAACUCUAGUCAUUGGUGUUGGUAUGUUGUCUGGUGUUCGUCGUCUGGAAGUGUUGUGUUGUUUCGCUUGUAUGUCAGUCAUAGUGAAUUACGUUGUAUUUAUGACAUUCUACCCUGCUUGCUUGUCACUGAUACUCGAGUUGUCAAGAAGUGGCGAAGGGGGCCGACCUGCAUGGCAUGACAAAUCUCUAAUUAUGCGAGCUUUGCAUGAAGAGGAUCAGAAACCUAAUCCUGUUGUGCAGCGUGUAAAAGUCAUCAUGUCUGCUGGCCUCAUGCUAGUCCAUGCUCAUAGUCGGUGGACUUUUGCCAGUGAGGGUGAAGAAGGACCAGUACCUCCUUUAGUAGCCAGGGAGCACACCAUGUCCAACCACACCGAAGAUGUUGCUCUCCAUGGCUACCUCAUGAAGUGGCUGACUGUUAGUGCAGAUCACAUUGUCAUCCUCAUUCUUCUGCUGGCUCUCACGGUGAAGUUCAUUUUCUUUGAAGAAAAGAAAUCAGAAGAUCUUGCUGAGCAGCUACUACUUGGAGAUCGUUCUGUUAUUACACCCUCUCCAGCCAAGCAUCAAGAAAUGGCUCCAGAUUUGAAAGAUGCAGGUCCCCCUCAAUGGCCCUCUUCUACAGAUGGCUGGGUUGAAGUUGGACCUUCGCAGGAAGAUAAAUUUGUUCAGACUGAAUCCACUGCGGAGGCAGAGGUUGCAAUAGAGAAGAUAGAAGAACUGAUAAGUAAAGCAACUCCAGAAGUAAAAGGAGAUUCAGAACCUCGCUCUUUGGAAGAAUGUAUGGCAUUGUACAAAUCUGAAGCUGGAGCAAAGGCCUUGACUGACACUGAAGUCCUUCUUCUUGUGACGAACAAGAAGAUAGCUGCUUACCAACUAGAGCAAGCUGUUGGAGACCCUGAGCGAGGUGUUAGUUUAAGACGUCGCAUAAUCUCUUCCCUGCCUAACAUUGGCCAUGCAUUGACUGAUCUUCCUUUCCGGCAUUAUGACUAUUCAAAAGUAAUGGGUGCUUGCUGUGAAAAUGUUGUUGGCUACGUACCAGUUCCAGUGGGAAUCGCAGGUCCUCUCAAGCUGGACGAUGCAUUGUACCAUGUGCCUUUGGCCACUACUGAGGGUUGUCUUGUUGCUAGCACCAACAGAGGAUGCCGUGCCUUGCUUCGAGGAGGUGUUCGUUCCAGUGUUGUUGCUGAUGGCAUGACAAGAGGUCCUGUAGUUCGUUUUGAGUCUAUUACAAGAGCUAGUGAGGCUCGAUUAUGGAUGCUGUCUACUGAGAAUUUUCAAGCAAUGAAGAAAAGUUUUGACUCUACUAGUCGCUUUGCACGUUUGAAUAAGUUGCACAUUUGCAUUGCUGGACGUCAUCUUUUUAUCCGCUUUGUUGCAACUACUGGAGAUGCCAUGGGCAUGAAUAUGCUUUCUAAGGGAACUGAAGUUGCUUUGAAGUAUGUCCAAAAACACUUUCCUGAUAUGGAAAUCUUAAGUCUGAGUGGCAAUUUUUGUACUGAUAAGAAACCUGCUGCUGUCAAUUGGAUUGAGGGCCGUGGAAAGUCUGUUGUAUGUGAAGCUGUUGUCCCAGCAGACGUGGUGGAAACUGUGUUGAAAACCUCCACUGCAGCCCUUGUUGAUGUAAAUAUCAGCAAGAACAUGAUUGGAUCAGCUGUAGCUGGCAGCAUUGGUGGAUUUAAUGCUCAUGCUGCUAAUCUUGUGACUGCUAUUUUCAUUGCCACUGGCCAGGACCCUGCCCAAGUAGUGGGCAGCAGCAACUGCAUGACGCUUAUGGAACCCUGGGGCAAAGAUGGACGGGAUCUGUACAUCUCCUGCACAAUGCCCUCCAUUGAGAUAGGCACUGUGGGAGGUGGCACAGUGUUGGCUCCUCAGGGCGCUUGCCUCGACCUCCUUGGUGUGCGAGGUGCCAAUGAAGACUGCCCUGGAGAGAAUGCUGUCCAGUUGGCUCGCAUUGUUUGUGCAACAGUUUUAGCUGGAGAGCUUUCAUUGAUGUCUGCACUUACUGCUGGCCACUUGGUUCGCAGCCAUUUAACGCACAAUCGAUCAUCAGUCACUCAGUUACCAAAAGGAGUGAGUUUGGAUACUGCAAAAAGCAAGUCCUGAAGAAGUGAUUAAGAAUUUUAUUUCAUCUCUCCAUGUGUCUGGUGACAAGUUAUUCUUUAUUUUGCUCGAUUGCUGGUUUAUAACCAGCUAGGACAGUGACACUUUGUCCUACAUAUCAAAGAUGAUGUAUCACGUAUCGUAUGGUACUGAAUCCUUGUGAAGAGUAAUAGAGCCUCCCUCUCCAUUCCAUAUCAUGUCAGCACAGGGCAAUUGUCUGGGCAAAUAAUAUUUGGAGGAAUGUACUGCCAAUAUAUCUCUUCAACUGUCAUGUAUUCACUUAUUUUGUACAGAUUUAACAGCUUAUUCAUAAAACGUUUUUAAGACCACAUGAUACUUCACAUACCAUUCUUUUCUACUGUGCUAGUUUCUCAUUUGUAACUGGUACUUUAAUCUACGCUUUAUAGAGUAAGUUUGAUGUGAGAAUCAUGCGCUUCCAUUGUGUCAGUGUAUGCUUACUAUGUUACUUUGUGCCUACACUUUUUAAAUUUGCAUAAUAUGUGUGAAUGUGAAGAUUUGUUACAAAAUACACGUUUACUCUCGGAGCAAACAGUUGUACUAUCAUUGGUGGAAUUCUGAUGUGUAAGUGUAGCACUUCAUACAAUAUCAAGAUGGUGAUGAUGCUGUUGAAUUUCAGAAUGAAAUAGUCAUUGGUAGCAUUUCAUCACUUCCCAGCUUAAACCCUGGUGCCUCGUCACUCCCUGUACAAAGUAGAUUGCAAUAAGUUAUUAUCCCUUGAUUUAGCUGUUCACAAGUCAUGACUGCAUAAUGUAUUUUAUGGAGCAUCAUUCUCAGUUCAGUAUUUUAUUAAGCUCCCCAGGACUGUAUCAUGUUCCCAAUGUUUUUAUUGUACAUAUUUGUAUUUAAUAAUUUUUUAAGAUGUUUAUCAAAUGUGUUUAAGUUCAGAAAUAAACUUAUUUUAUUUUCUCUG